CGAUCAGUUACGAUGAGUUACGAUGUUAUAUCUUACGUCGGUGCGCGAUAUCACACAUGAACUGUGCAUAUAAAAGUACGUAGUAAAUUGUGGUAAAUCGUAGCAAAGUAUUUUGAUUUUUCGCCAAUAGUUCUUCUAAUUAUUUGUAUCAUUCAAUUGACGAAUCAAAAUGUUUGGCAAGAAAAAAGAAUCGAGACAGCCUAAAUCAGCUGGUAAUUUAGAACAGGUACAUCACUUUGUUCUUUUUGUAUGGCAUUUUUGAAGUACCUGAUAUAAAUAUUGGCAAUACUGAUGAUAAUAUGAAGGAUGAUGAUAAUGAUGACAAUGAUGAAACUUUAGAAGCUGAAUUAGCUGCUUUGGUGGCUGGUAAUGAUAUAGGUUACAAGAGCAAACACAGUGCUGCGCGUAAAACCGCCACUGACGCAAAUUUGGAUGAAAUGGUAGCUAAUUGCAUGAAAGAUACAAAUUCUGAUGAGGAGUUAUCUGAAGAAGAUGAUGAUCCAGCGUUAUUGAAAGAGCUGCGGAUGCUUGCAGGAAAUGAAAUUGUAACACAAACGGCAGAAAUGUCAGAAUUGGUAGAAGAGGAAGAACAAGUAGAGCCUGAUGAACCUGAAUCUAUUGAAAUUAAAGAACAAAAUGAUUCCACACAAGAAGUAAUCAAAUUAUUGCAGGAGAGGCUACAAAUUUACGAGACAGCUGAGAAAAAGGCGAAAGAGAAAAAUGAGACUGGUAAAGCCAGGAGGUAUAACAGAGGUCUAAAAGUACUAAAGGGAAUGUUGGUUUCCGUACAAUCAGGUGGCAGUGUAAACGAGGCUGACAUUCCUCCAGCUUUGCCCUCUUCAGCUACCGAAUCCAUCGUCAAAAAUAUAGAAGACAAGACACCGUCACUCGUGGAAAUUACUGAAGGAGAUGCAACACCAAACGUCUCAAAUGAUGGUAAUAAUUCUCCUGAACUAGCGGCAAAUGUUACACUCGAUCAAGAAGCUCUGGAUAAAUUAAAAGAACGACAGGAAAAAUAUAAAAUUGCGGCAGUCGCUUGGAAGAGAGCGGGCAACAAAGAGCAGGCGUUAGAAUAUGUAAAAACUGUAAAACAAUUUGAUAUAGUUAUUGCUGCAAUUGUCGCAGGUGAAAAACUCGAUUUAUCAGAUAUGCCACCUAUUCCAAUUCUACCUUCUCCAACUGGUGCAACAUUGACUGCGAAAACAGAGAAUGAAAUUCAGCAGCAAACUUCUACAGACGAUCCAGCAAAGUGUGGCCCCGAGAACAUUGAAGGUGCUCUUAAGGAGCGUCUUGAGGUAUACAGGAGAACAAAAAUAGCUGCUGAAAAUGAGGGUAACACAUCUAAAGCACGGAGAUAUGGUAGAAUUUGCAAACAAUUUGAGGAUGCUAUUAAGUUGUAUGCGCAAGGGAAGGAUGUACCUUUAAACGAACUUCCCAUUCCGCCUGGUUUUCCACCAUUAUCAACUUCGCAAAAUACUGAUACCACUGCGCAUCCUACAUCCGAGCUAUCUGAAAAUACUGCCGUACAAAAAUCUGCGCAACCGAAACUACCCGUUUCUCCCAGUACAGGACAGAAACAAAAUCAGAGGCUUACAUCACGCGCAGAAAAACAAAUGAUGCAAUUGCAGCUACGGCAACGCGAGUUGAAGCAAGCCGCUCUGAAUGCAAAGAAAGAUGGGGACAUGGAUGUAGCACGUGAUUAUCUAAGACAGGCGAAGGGGAUACAGCCUUUAAUUGAAGCUAGCAAAUGUGGUUUGCCUGUCGAUAUGACUUCUAUUCCAUUAUCGCCUCUUGAAAAAGUAGAACUUAGUACAUCGCAAAAGGAUGAAAAUUUUGUACUGGUGUCUUCUGAAGAUUUCCUAGAAGGUUUAAACGGAACAGACGAUCAAAUUUAUAAAAAUCUUGAAACCCAAUUAAUUAAGCAAAUUAAGUGGUGUUUGUCUACACGAGAUCAUUCAAAAGCACUGGGAGAUGUUCCUGGAUACAAUAAAUGGGAACGACUUGCAUUGAGCUACACGCGAGAUUUGGAUAUGCUGAGAGUUAGAAAACGUGACUCACUACCACCACCACAACAUCAUUAUGAAUCGAAAACUCAUCAAAUAGUACAAAGUUGUACAGAUUUAAACGAUGGCGAUGUAGAAAUUUCUAUAAUUAGAGGAAUCAAUUAUUCUCGGGAAGCGGACACAUAUGUAAUAUAUGAAUUUCCAUUUCCAUCGGAUAACCAUCCCACAGAUAGAACGGUGACGAUAAAAGAUUCUGCCAAUCCCGAAUACCAAGCUUUGUUCUUGCUGAAUGGCAUUAUCAAUCGUACGUCCAGACAGUGUCAGAGGGCAUUCAAACGACAUGCAUUGAAAUGUGAAAUUUGGGCAAAAGGAUGCUCGCUGAAUCCCAUCCUGUGUUGCACUCAUCCCAGAGGUUUCUUUCGAAGUGACAGCCUGCUUGGUACAGUAAUGAUCAAGUUACAACCUCUAGAGUCUCAAUGCAUUCUACAUGAUUCCUUUCCACUUAUGGAUGGCAGAAAGGCAAUUGGAGGGAAAUUGGAGGUGAAAGUCCGUCUCAGGAAUCCAAUACUUUUUAAGCAAAUUGAAAGUAUCACGGACAAAUGGCUGAUUAUUGAUCAAUAAUUCUCGAUUUAUCAAAUUACAGCGAAAAUUUAUACUCUGCUGUCGGUUAUAUUAUGAAUUCUUGUAAACACGUCGAAAAUAAAAUAUUAUUUUUUAGUAUUAUA